UCCUCCUGCCACGGAGCAGCGACGGGCUUGAGACGGGCAGGACCGCGGGGCUCCUUUAAGAGAGGGAUUUUCGGGGGGGGCUGGGGAGGGGGGCCGCGGAGCGAACGUCCCCCAUAGCCAGCGCUCGGGAGAGCCAGCGGCCGGUGGCUCCUCUGCCUCUCGAGCGAACCGGCGAGGAGACGGCAGCAGCAGCAGCAGCGGCGGGACCCCCGCCUGGAAAGCCCCCCCUCCUUCCCUGCUGCCCGCUGCUGCGAGGCGGCCGCCCCGGGGCUCCCUCCUUUCCCUCCCCUCCCUGACGAGGCACCGGUUGCCGGAGGAUUCCCCCCCUCCCCUCCCGCCACCCACACGAGUCGGCAAAUGAACUCGGUCCGAGCCGCAAACAGGAGACCCAGGCGAGUGUCCAGGCCGCGCCCGGUGCAGCAGCAGCAGGAGAGGAACAACGCCGCCGCCGCCGCCGGGGAUCGGGAUGAUGAUGUACCUGCAGAUAUGGUUGCAGAAGAAUCAGGUCCUGGUGCACAAAACAGUCCAUACCAACUUCGCAGAAAAACUCUUCUACCUAAAAGAACAGCUUGCCCUACAAAGAGCAGCAUGGAGGGUGCCUCCACUUCAGCUACUGAAAACUUUGGUCACCGAGCUAAACGUGCUAGAGUAUCUGGAAAAUCCCAAGAUUUAUCAGCAGCACCUGCAGAACAAUACCUUCAGGAGAAGUUGCCAGAUGAAGUGGUUCUAAAGAUCUUCUCCUACCUGCUGGAGCAGGAUCUCUGUAGAGCAGCUUGUGUGUGUAAACGCUUCAGUGAGCUGGCUAAUGAUCCAAUUUUGUGGAAAAGAUUGUAUAUGGAAGUAUUUGAGUACACUCGUCCAAUGAUGCAUCCUGAACCUGGUAAAUUUUACCAGAUCAAUCCAGAAGAAUAUGAACAUCCAAAUCCCUGGAAAGAAAGCUUUCAGCAACUGUACAAAGGAGCACAUGUAAAGCCAGGUUUUGCUGAACACUUCUACAGUAAUCCUGCAAGAUACAAAGGAAGAGAAAAUAUGUUGUAUUAUGACACCAUUGAGGACGCUCUUGGUGGAGUUCAGGAAGCUCAUUUUGAUGGACUUAUCUUUGUUCACUCUGGUAUAUAUACAGAUGAAUGGAUAUAUAUAGAAUCUCCAAUCACCAUGAUCGGUGCAGCGCCUGGAAAAGUAGCAGAUAAAGUUAUAAUAGAAAACACUAGAGACUCCACCUUUGUUUUUAUGGAGGGUUCUGAAGAUGCCUAUGUUGGAUAUAUGACAAUCAGGUUCAACCCUGAUGACAAAUCUGCUCAGCACCACAAUGCACACCACUGCUUAGAGAUUACGGUGAACUGCAGUCCCAUUAUCGAUCACUGUAUUAUUCGAAGUACUUGUACGGUUGGCUCUGCAGUAUGUGUUAGUGGCCAGGGAGCUUGUCCUACCAUCAAACACUGUAACAUCAGUGACUGUGAAAAUGUUGGACUUUACAUUACAGACCACGCACAGGGAAUAUAUGAGGACAAUGAGAUCUCCAAUAAUGCAUUAGCAGGGAUUUGGGUGAAAAACCACGGCAAUCCCAUCAUCAGACGGAAUCACAUUCAUCAUGGACGUGAUGUUGGCGUUUUCACCUUCGACCAUGGCAUGGGUUAUUUUGAAAGCUGCAACAUACACAGAAACAGGAUAGCAGGUUUUGAAGUGAAAGCUUAUGCCAAUCCCACGGUGGUUCGGUGUGAAAUCCAUCACGGCCAGACCGGAGGAAUCUACGUGCAUGAAAAAGGAAGAGGACAAUUCAUAGAGAACAAAAUCUAUGCAAACAAUUUUGCAGGUGUUUGGAUUACCUCAAACAGUGACCCAACAAUAAGGGGCAAUGCAAUUUUUAAUGGGAAUCAAGGUGGUGUUUAUAUCUUUGGUGAUGGAAGAGGCCUUAUUGAAGGAAAUGACAUUUAUGGUAACGCGUUAGCAGGAAUACAGAUUCGGACAAACAGCUGUCCCAUAGUUCGACACAACAAGAUCCAUGACGGUCAACACGGUGGCAUUUAUGUUCAUGAAAAAGGACAAGGAGUGAUCGAGGAGAACGAAGUUUACAGCAAUACUUUGGCUGGAGUCUGGGUGACAACAGGGAGCACUCCAGUCCUGAGGAGAAACAGAAUACACAGUGGGAAACAAGUUGGAGUUUAUUUUUAUGACAAUGGCCAUGGCGUGUUAGAAGACAAUGACAUCUAUAAUCACAUGUACUCAGGGGUUCAGAUAAGAACUGGAAGCAACCCCAAAAUUAGACGCAACAAGAUCUGGGGUGGCCAGAACGGUGGAAUUCUUGUCUAUAAUUCUGGGCUUGGAUUUAUAGAAGACAAUGAAAUUUUUGAUAAUGCAAUGGCUGGUGUAUGGAUUAAAACAGACAGUAAUCCUACACUAAGAAGAAAUAAAAUCCACGAUGGAAGAGAUGGAGGCAUCUGUAUAUUUAAUGGGGGGAGAGGUCUUCUGGAAGAGAACGAUAUCUUCAGGAACGCUCAAGCUGGUGUCCUGAUCAGCACCAACAGCCACCCCGUGCUAAGGAAAAACCGGAUAUUCGAUGGAUUCGCUGCAGGUAUUGAAAUAACAAAUCACGCAACUGCGACAUUAGAAGGCAAUCAGAUUUUCAACAACCGCUUCGGGGGCUUGUUCCUAGCGUCCGGUGUCAACGUCACGAUGAAAGACAACAAAAUAAUGAACAAUCAAGAUGCCAUAGAAAAGGCUGUCAGCAGAGGCCAGUGUUUAUACAAGAUAUCAAGUUACACCAGCUACCCAAUGCAUGAUUUCUACAGGUGUCACACCUGCAACACCACCGACCGCAACGCCAUCUGUGUGAACUGCAUCAAGAAGUGCCAUCAAGGACACGACGUAGAGUUCAUUAGACAUGAUAGGUUUUUCUGUGACUGUGGUGCUGGAACACUGUCUAAUCCGUGUACACUUGCUGGAGAGCCUACACACGAUACAGAUACACUAUAUGACUCUGCUCCACCUAUAGAAUCUAAUACAUUGCAGCACAACUGAAUUCCUUUCAGAAAGCAAGUCCUGCCAUUCUAAUACCAUAACUGUUCAACCAUUUUUUUUUUGGAGGAAGUUAUACUUGCCCAUUUCUGCAGAGAGAGACUGUGUUAAAAGCGGAUGUGUGAGGUGUUGACACUAUGGAGCUCAACCUACCAAAAAAGAAAGUGGCAAUAUGUUGACUCAGGAUAUCAGAACUGGGCGUUUUGAGCAUUACUGUGUAAACAACAAACAAACAAAACAAAAGAA